UAUAUAUACAUCCGCCUCGUCCCAGCCGCUCCUCACACUGGGCCCGGGAGCGUCCGCUGCCUCGCUCGCGGUACCUCUCUUCACCGGCUGGGUUUGUUGACAUUUGGCUACCUCUUGCCACUUUUCAUCUUGGCCCAACAUGCUAAUACAGAAGGGUCUCAAGUCCCUUAUACCAGGCGUGGCAACAGUGGACACCAUGGACGCCAUCGUGGGACACGCUCUCUCCUAUCAGAAGAUGUUUGAGCGCAAGACAUCACCCUGGGAAAUGAAAUUGUGGCGAGAAGGAGAGUUGGAAAACUUCAUCGUGGACCUGAAGAAAGUCGAUCGCCUGUACCACAUCUAUAACUGUGACGAUGAUGUUACAGGCAGCGAGUACGAGCUGCUGGUCCGCAUGGAGCACAACGAUCAACACGUCUUCGUCGAACUGAUAGCCGGGUGCGACUUCACCGGCUUCGACUGCGACGGAGGGGGCGAGAUCUACGUCAGCUUCAACGCCAACCUCUUCUUCAAGACCGUUGGGACGCGAUACGACGAGGACCUCAUCUACCAGUCGCUAAUAGAGGACGAGUAUCGCGUCGAGGGAAGAACUCCUUACGACCGGUGUUCCGUCGCUUCCUGGCACAACGCCCCGACGCUUAAGUUCCUCUGCCACCUCACCGUAAGUGACAACAAGCAUCAACUCAGACACUACCCAGACGUCCUACCUAAAGUGCUCACAGAUAGCUUGAACGAGUUCAUCGGCAUCAAAGACGCAAUAGAAGACUAUGAUAACUGGGACUGAACGCUCAUUACCCAACCACUUGGGCUGGACGGUAGAGCGACGGUGUUCCUUUCAUACAGAUCGGCGUUCAAUUCCCGACCGUCCAAGUGGUUGGGCGACCAAUCCUUCCCUUCGUCCCAUCCCAGAUCCUUAUCCUGACCCCUUCCAAGUGCUAUAUGGUAGUAAUGGUUUGGCGUUUUUCCCUGAUUCUAUUAUUUAUAUCACCAAAACACUUAAUUUAUUCUUCAAUUCAUAUGAUUCAUCAUCAAGCUAACUAGCUGAAAAGCAUCAGCUAGUCCCUCUAUAUGUAUAUACAGUGUACGCUCUAGUCGGUAAAUAUAAUAUUAAAUCACUCAUUGUUAUAAAUACAUAAAAACUUUGAUUUAU